AUGGAUGCUGCCAUCGAGACAGGAGUGAUCCACUUCGACGCCGAUGCAUACAUCUGCACAGCAUCGGGGAACAAGAUUUGCCGGGACUCGACGCUCUGCUGUACGAAGAAUAUCCUCCUACGAGGCAAAACAAUCAUCAACGCAGGAACCAUUCUACGAGGCGACCUGGCCAAGAUAUCGCUUGGGAAGUUCUGUGUGAUUCGAGAAAAAUGCGUGCUGAAACCUCCACCCAAGAUGCUACCGAGCGGGCUCAUGUUCAUCCCACAAACGCUUGGAGAUCACGUGUACAUCGGAGAAGGGUCCAUUGUAGAAGGUGCACGCAUUGGAUCGUGCGUGCAAAUCGGGAAGAACUGUGUCAUUGGAAAGCGAGUGAUCAUUCGGGAUUGCUGCUUCAUUGCAGACAACUCUGUCAUUCCCCCAGACGAGAUCAUCCCCCCAUUCACGUACGUGAGCGGCAUUCCAGCGAACUUGGACAAGGAGCUACCUGAGGCGACACAGGACCUGUUCGUGGGCCAAAUCACGCGAUACUUUGAAAACUUCCGAGCUCGAAAGAAGUAG